AUGAGGGUAGCAGCUGUUUUCCUGCCCAUUAGAGGAGAAGCUGAAUGGAGAAGAAAAGACUGCUUGUUUAAAGGAUGUACCUUUGCAAUCCCAUCGGACCUGAAGGAAUGCCUGCUCUUAGGAAAGGGCAGGAUGAGAGUCCCCGAGGCCCGAGGCCUGGCUUCCUGCUCAUCUGCCUUCUCCCACGGUGCCAGCCCGAUGGCCUGUGAGGACACGUGGCCCCAGCACAUCCAAGCCCAGCCUCAGAGCCCCAGGAUAUACCACAUCACCAUUCACACCAGCAGGUCUUCCUACUCGCCAGGUGACACAGUGCCAGUGACUGUGAGCAGCGGCCGUGACCUCGUGGGAUCCGCUCAGGCUCAAAGAGCGUCUGGUCAUCAAACAGCCAGCACUUUCCUGCUUGUCCCUCCUCGUUCCAAACUGAUGGCUUGUUUCAAAGAGGACGACGCGGUCACCCACCCAGACAAGUCCUGGAAGAGAACCCUGUCCUUCAUGCGGAAGGCCCCCGCCCAGCCCACGGGCGACAUCCGAUUCCUUUUAUCGGCCAUCCAGUUGUAUUUCACUGUCUGGGCAAGGACUGAAUCACCUGUCGUGUCUCCAUAGACACACAGCAGAGCCCAGAGCCGCAUGGAACUGGGCCCGCCGAUGCCAAGCCCUGGGCAGAGGCCGGAGGGUGUCGAAGGACCUGCCCCAGGUGGUGGACCCUCGGUGCGCAUCUGUGCCAGCAGGGCUCCAUGCUUCUCCUUCGCCUACUCCAUUUCGCCCCCUCGGCACUGGCAUGCCGCUGCUCAGCCCUCUUUUGCAGCAGCAUGCAGAUACCCCUGCUGCUGCCCUGGCUGGGGCCGCAGCGUAGAUUCUGUUCCUGCUGGUACUGGCGUGUCAGAGUUUCCUGGGGGUGCAGAGACUGUGUUCCAACCAUCGCCACACACAGCUACUAACGCCAGCAAUGGCCAGCCAUGCAGCAGGGACAGCAGCCCAACCCUCGAACCCUCCCUGGAUGUCCAUGGGCUGGACAGGCUCGUGGCCCCCAGGAGCUUGUUCCCCGAGGACUUUGCUUUCAGCCCCAGCACCCACCACAGGACUCAGGGUGAACCAAGCUUUGCUUCACUGGAAACUCACCUGCCCUCGGAUAGGAAUGAACAGGACAAGUUGGAAAUCUCCAACAGGACAGCGAAGAGGCCUUGGCUGAACACUGUCCCUCUUACCUAUUCUCAGCGCCUCUGGCUUUCUGAACCACCGACUAGGGGUAGGGGUGGGGCUGGGAGAGCCAGCCCAUCUCCUGUCUUCCACACCUCGGACUCUCCUGGGCCGCCCACUGCCACUGGCUGGUCACAGGGACCUGGACCCUCCGCCAGCUUCUUGCCCUAGUCAAAGCACGAGCUGCCCAGAGUGAAGGAGGCAAAUGGAGAGAGCAGAGUGGGCUACCUCGGGGAGGCCCACCCAAGGCCUGAGGCUGGGCAAGACGGAGCCGGUGCCCCUUCGGAGACCCAGCUCAGGACUCCUCAACUGGCAAUUCUGCUUCGCCUUUCAGCCACCUUGGGCAUGGUUUUGGCUGCUGGCCUCUGCCGCCUGCACACCCAGUGUUGCGCAAAGCAGACACAGGUGUCCUUCAGGGAGCCUGCCUGAGAUGCUGUUGCCAGGAGCGACAGCGCUGAGCCCGCACGUCAGGCAGAUCCGGGAGAACAGGUGUGGUUUGUUGGAGCCCAGUACGACUGGAUCGCUCCCUCUGUGGAGCAGGAAAACAGUCCUCUGAGCAGCCCGCCGUCCCAAGCCCCUCUGUGGCCUCAUCAGACCCCGUGGGCUGGCGUCUCAGCCGGAACAGCGCUAAUGAGAACAGCUGAUGAGCGCUGGGCGACUGUCGUUGCCCGGUGCAACGAGAAAAGCCGGCCAUCACAGUUGACCUUUGCGGCUCUCUUCCCUUCCCCCCCUCCCCCAUGCUCCCUCCCACCUCGCCUCGAGGCACAGCCUCGGAAAUUUGGGGCGCCAACAAGCACAGCGGACCCACAGAGAGCUGGGAGUCAAGCAGAGAAAUGGCCCGGAGAGAUUAAUCUACAGCAGCCACUGGAACAAGGACGAGGAUGGGACUUUGGGGACUGGCCGCUCGUGGUGGGCCAGGCAGAGGCGGAAUGGGCUAGCUGUGACAGGGCCCCGGGCUGUGGGAGAAGUCCUAACAAAGGCGGAAGGAACCAGCGGGUCCGGGUGGGGGAGGGGACGGCCGUCAUCCUCCAGGACUCAGAGCUACCCCUUGGGGAGACCUGUGGCUUUGGCUGCUGGGCGAGAGGUGCCUCAGGGAGGGAAGCUGAGGAGGAGCCCUGGGUGUGGCCUUGGGUCGGGUCAGCCUGGUGCAGAAGCAGCCGACCAGCACCAUUUCGGGCCGCGGGAGUCCAAAAUCGGCCGCCCUUCGUGUGUAGCCUGGCCAAGAGCCAGCGAAGCAACACAUUUGAUCGCAAGUACAACCAGCGUGCUGGGUUGGUCCCCGCUGCACUCCAGCAGGAUGCUGAGAGAGGCGGAGCAGUGGGAGCACUGCGAACCCACCUGGAGCAGAGCCAUGUGGCCCUGUGCAACCUCUGA